AUGGCGAAAGACAAUUUCGAGGAAGCCAUUGAAGGACUAAAGAAGCUUCUCAGUGAGAAAGACCAGCUGGGUGACGUGGCAGCUGCCAAAAUCAAGCAAUUGACGGCCGAGUUGGAAGCUAAGCCAGAUUUUGACCCGGUUGAUAGGAUCAAAACCGGGUUCGCCCAUUUCAAGAAAGAGAAUUACGAGAAGAACCCCGAGUUGUUUGGAGAACUGGCCAAAGGACAGAGUCCAAAGUUCCUGGUGUUUGCGUGCGUUGACUCCAGAGUUUGCCCGUCACACAUCCUUAACUUCCAACCAGGGGAGGCAUUUGUGGUCCGAAACAUUGCUAACAUGGUCCCUCCAUAUGACCGGAAAAAAUAUUCUGGUGCUGGUGCGGCCAUCGAAUAUGCAGUCAUACAUCUGAAGGUGGAGAACAUUUUGGUUAUUGGACAUAGCUGCUGUGGUGGUAUUAAAGGACUCAUGUCCAUCCCUGACGAUGGAACAACUUCCAGUGAUUUUAUUGAGGACUGGGUCAAAAUCUGCUUGCCUGCCAAGGCCAAGAUUCAAGCAGCAUGCAGUGGCAUGGAUAUCACUGAACAAUGCGCUAACUUGGAGAAGGAGGCAGUGAACUUGUCACUUGGGAACUUACUGACAUAUCCAUUCGUAAGAGAAGCAGUUUCCAAGAAAACGCUGUCGUUGAAGGGCGGACACUACGAUUUCGUCAAGGGAGCAUUUGAGCUCUGGGAUCUUGAUUUCAGCCUCUUUCCCUCUAUUACACUACAAUGA